AUGAAUUCGAGGGAGAAUCAAAUGAAUCGGUAUCGCGUUUCGGCGCAUGGAUUGGGGUGGUGUUCGUCGUGUGGGGCGAUUCCAUUUCCCAUGACGAAUUUGAGGUCAUGGGACAGACCAUUGGAGUAUUGUAUGAGAUCGUGGCAGCCUGUAAGGGUUCCUGCUCAUAUACACUGGAUACCAACAAUUUACGGAUCAAACGAAGAACCAUUCAAUAGGAUGGAUCCACCAUGUUCACAAAAUGGGAAGAUUUAUGAUGGGGCAAACGCUCCCUUCAAUGUUAAACAAGAGAUAAAGACUGAUAAUGAUCCUGCUAUUGAGAAUCCAGGGGCCUCGCACAACAAUGGUAGGCAGCAAAUCGACGAUAUUGAAAGAGAAGAUUUUGAUGAAGAGAAUAGAAUCCUGAAACAUUGUUCUGGAAUGAUCGUCGAUGGUGAAAUCGAGGCACCUUCCCAUUAUUCUGGAAAUCUCUCCAGUGCUAACUCCAGUUUAGCAUCCAGUUCAGAGACUAUUUCUAAUUUUUCCAAUUUAAUACCUCAUGACUAUAGUCUCCCUGGUUGUAGCAAAGAUGGGGAUGAUUCCAAUACUACUAUUAAGAACAUGAUUCAUUCAAAAAAAUAUGUAGCGCAUGAGCAAAAAGAGGAUUUCAUGCAGAAGCUGUUGAAUAAUAAUAUACAAGAAAAGAAAGAUUUUCCUAAGGGAAAACUUUAUAAAGGAGAUAAUUUGGAUUGCGAUAAUGAUGAAGGUUGUGAUAUAGAUGGUGUGAGCGGGCCUUCAGGGAGGACCAGUUCAAACGCGUCGAGUAUAGGAAGCUCUAGUUCAGAUAGCACCAAGGGGUUCAGUGUGCCGUCCACGUCCAAUGCUGAGAAGCUGCUCGGCCUUGACGACAGCAGCAAGAAUGAGCCGGGGAGUUCAAAGUCUCCGAACUACAACUACUGCGAUGGCGAGGAAGAUUCGGACGAGGAGACGCAGAAGACACGUGGUGUACGUGCCUGUCCUCUCAUGAGGAUGACGACGAGGAUGAUGAACCAGAAGCUGAACCGGAAAGACUUUGGAGGAAGCGCCGUCAUGAUCCACACCCACCGCAGACUGUUAAGAAAUUCUGCGGAGAGUCUCCGUCACCAACAUCCUUUGGAUCUGAAGGCUGGCCAACUCCCACUAGCGUCAUAGUACCCAACACUAGUGUCAUCGCCGCGCAAGCUCCGCCGGAGAUCAAGUCCUGGCUUAACAGGUUCAAUAACUGGACCAACGUGGAGAAGAUCCAGGCUAUUGAUGAGCUCAUAGGCUGCUGUGCCCCGAGUCAGGUCCGGCACAUGAUGAAGUCCAUUGAACCACUUUUCCAACGAGACUUUAUAUCCCUUCUGCCUAAGGAACUCGCUCUCACUGUGCUCGGGUAUUUGCAACCCAAGGAUCUGCUGAGAGCUGCUCAAACUUGUCGCUACUGGAAGUUCCUUGGAAGACAAUCUCUUGUGGAAGGAGCAAUGUCGGCGCAUCGGUAUCACCACCUUGAAGAAGGUGCCUCGUUCCCUGCCCCGCUGCGCCAGUCCUUGGAAGGCAGCGUACAUGCGGCAGUAUCUGAUUGAGAGCAACUGGCUGCAUAAGCCUGUAGCCACGCCUAUUAUCAUGAGGGGACAUGAUGACCACGUGAUCACCUGCCUACAGUUCUAUGGCAAUCGCAUCCUCAGUGGAAGUGACGAUACCACACUCAAAGUGUGGUCAGCCGUCACCGGCAAGUGUUUGCGCACGUUGGUGGGUCAUUCCGGUGGCGUAUGGUCCUCCCAGAUGGUGAAUGACCUGGUGAUCAGUGGCUCUACUGACCGAACUCUUCGUGUAUGGAACGCAAAGACUGGACAAUGCCUGAAGGUCCUCGCAGGGCACACUUCGACCGUGCGUUGCAUGCACCUGCAUCAAAACAGAGUGGUAUCUGGAUCCCGCGACGCUACUCUUCGGCUGUGGUCCAUACCUGAUGGCCGUUGUCUCCGUGUUCUCAUCGGUCACUUGGCUGCCGUGCGAUGCGUGCAGUUUGAUGGGAAACUCAUCGUGUCUGGAGCGUACGACUAUUUCGUGAAAGUGUGGAACCCUGAAACCGGUGAUUGCCUGCAUACCCUCGCUGGACACACCAACAGGGUGUACAGUCUGCAGUUUGAUGGCGUUCAUGUGGUCAGCGGCUCUUUGGAUACUUCUAUCCGGGUGUGGGAUGUAGAAACUGGACAACUCAAGCAUACCCUGACUGGCCACCAGUCUCUCACGUCGGGUAUGGAACUGCAUUCCAAUAUCCUGGUGUCUGGUAAUGCCGACUCUACUGUCAAGGUCUGGGAUAUAACCACGGGACACUGUCUCCACACCUUGUCCGGUCCCAACAAGCACCAGUCAGCCGUCACCUGCCUUCAGUCGAGCAACCGGUUCGUUAUCACCUCUUCGGAUGACGGCACUGUCAAGUUAUGGGAUGUCCACACGGGAGAGUUCAUCCGAAAUCUGGUGGUAUUAGGCUCUGGUGGUUCCGGUGGUGUUGUUUGGCGUAUUCGUGCUUCCGCUACUAAACUCAUCUGUGCCGUCGGUUCGCGCAAUGGCACAGAGGAAACCAAGCUACUCGUUCUUGACUUCGAUGUCCCUGGGGCUUGCCGUAAGUGCGACGAAUAG